AUGAAAGACACGACGUCGUACAAAACUCAAACAAGGGACACGAAUAUGUAUGCAGAACCAGUUUCGCCUAUACUAAAGCCCAAUGGUUUGGACGGUCAGGAAGUCGCCCUAAUAUGCCACAGCGAGAAAAGGUUAAUAUUUAAGUUUUGUUUGGUAAAUUAUUUUAUGCAUCUACAUAGUAUUAACACCAGUCUCAAUAAAAGUUGGAAUUGCCUUGAAAGUAAUUUAACUACUAGUUUGCUGGAAACAGUGCUAUUCAAUCUUACAGUAGCAAACAGAAUUUUACUAUUGUCAGGCAGACUAUUUGCAUUUACAAGUGCCAUUGGAAUUUAUCACAAAAACAGCACUAUUAUUUAUCUUAAUUCCCCUAAUUCCUGUGGUUUCUUCUAA